AUUAACGCUCUAUGGGUAGGUAUUGCGAGCUACAACAAAUCUGGCGACAUACAUGAUAUGGUCCCAUAGGGGUGGUCGAGCAGAGGUUAAGGAUCUGCAUCGGGCCACAUUUUCCCACGCGGGCUCUGGGAUAAAAGGGCUUGGGGAGAACCCCUGGGAUAGCUAUGUGUUCCAACAGGCUCACCUUUUUCGCAGCUGCCAUCGCAAGCUCUACAUUGUAGAAGAUGGCUUCCGACGUCAAGGCAUGGGUCCUCGGUCUCCUCGCCGCAGUCAUUGUAGCUCGCUUAAUCGUUUCUUUCGUUCGACGCCCGUCACUACCCCUUCCACCGGGACCUAAGCCGGCCCCUCUGAUCGGAAACCUACACCAGCUUCCCAAGAGUCUUCAAUGGCUUCAUCUCUAUCACUGGAGUAAAAAGUAUGGCCCAUUAAUGCACUUGAGCAUGGGCGGCCAGCCAAUGAUCGUCUUGUCCACCCACCAGGCCGCCCAUGACCUCCUCAGCAAACGGAGUGCAAGAUACUCCGAUCGGCCACGCAUGGUUAUGGCUGGCGAAUUGGUUACGAGAGGUAUGCACAUGCUCCUACGUCAGUACGACGAUAGGUAUCGGUUACAUCAACGAAUGGAGGCACCCGUCCUCACCCUUCGUGCUGCUAGUUCCUACCGCCCGUUGCAGGACCUUGAGUCAAGACAGCUUCUCUUUGAUGUACUCGGCGAAUGGGACAAGUUUGGCGAGAAGGGUAUUGACUUCCACCACCACCACGAGCGCGCCAUGGCUAGCUUUAUCUACUGUCUUAACUACGGUUUCCGUCUCAAGACAGGUCAUGAGAAGGAGAUUAUGGACGGAAAACGUGUACAGGCAGAAUUCGCUAGGACCGGUCAAGUGGGCGCAUAUAUCGUCGACUCGUUCCCCUCGCUCAAUUACCUACCCAGGUUCUUGGCACCCUGGAAGAGAGAAGCCGAAGGCCUGUACGAGCUCGAGCGUCAGCUACAUGUCGGAAACCUUAACAAAGGUCUGAGUAACCCCGGUUGGAACUUUAGCAAGUACAUGAAGGCGUCUCCCGAAGGCAAGGAUAUGCCUACCGAGGAACUGGCUUUCGAUCUUGGUAUUCUCGCGGAUGCUGGCUUGGAUACGUCAACGGUGGCUCUGGAUUGGUUUAUCGUCGCCUGGAUCACAAGUGGCUCUCGCUGGGUCGCCAAAGCACAGAAACUGCUCGAUGAAGUAGUCGGCAAGGGUCGAUUGCCGACCUUUGAGGAUCGCCCUAAACUUGCAUAUAUCGAUGCUAUAGCGAGUGAGACCCUUCGAUGGCGCCCGGUCGUUGUCGGUGGAGUACCUCAUUUUACUAAGACACAGGACAGCUACAUGGAUUACCACAUCCCGGCCAAUUGCAUUAUGCUCGCAAACCCUUUCGCCAUUACCCGUGACGAGUCUGUCUUCGGCGACGAUGUCGAUGCUUUCAUUCCUGACAGGUGGCUUGUUGAUGAGGAACCCAAGGAGACCUCGAUUGAUGCUUGUGGCUUCAACGUGACUGCCCUUAAGGAUCUUCCGCACACUGGUUUCGGGUUCGGACGCCGAGUCUGCACCGGACGUAUCAUCGCACGUAAUCAGCUGUUCAUUCAGAUGGCGCGUAUGCUCUGGGCCUUCGAUGUCGAGGCUGGAGUUAUCAACGAAUCUACCGGCGAGAGGCAUAAGGUACACGAUAUGGACUGCACUGAAGGUUUUGUGACCCUACCUAAGCCAUUCAGAGCUGUUCUCCGACCGAGAGGACAGUGGGUGCGUGAUGCUAUCGAGGCGUCUGGCACCACCCACGGGACAGAUCACGGUGAGAUUCUCACGCAGGCAAGCAAGGAACGGGCUUAAGAGAUGAGAUAGGGUUUGAUGGCUAUGGCCGGUAGCUUCCUAUUGAGCCUAUAGUUUAAUUAUCUUUAGGGAUCUCUAAUAUGUAUCAUUAUGUGUAUAAUAUAGACAAUAAUAGAAUGAAACCUAUUAGAACGAAUUGCCAU